GGACUUAAUUAUAACAGAUUGGUGUGUACGUGGUCGUGUGUGUCGAGUAGGAGCUCAGAGGGCCGCUAUUGUAUAAUUAUAAGGGAAGCAGCAGCAUCUCGUGGUGGUAUUUGGAGCCCAGCAGGCGUGGAAAGAAAGUGCGUUGUUGUUAGUUGACACUGCUCAUCAUCCUCAUCCGGCCUGCUGCGAAGCAAAGCCGGGAGCUGGAGUUUGAAACGGAGCGCUCACAAUGGCGGUAAACCUGGAUAAGGACGCAUACUACCGCCGGAUCAAGAGACUAUACAGUAACUGGAAGAAGGGAGAAGAUGAGUUUGGCAAAGUCGACGCUAUCGUGGUGUCUGUGGGGGUUGAUGAGGAAAUUGUGUAUGCCAAAUCCACAGCCAUACAGACGUGGCUGUUUGGCUACGAGUUGACCGACACCAUCAUGGUGUUCUGUGACACCAAAAUCAUCUUCCUCGCCAGCAAGAAAAAGGUGGAUUUCCUCAAGCAGGUGGCUAUAACUAAAGGCAACGAGAAUGCCAAUGGUGUCCCGCCCAUUACCCUGCUCACCAGAGAAAAGAACGAGAGCAACAAGGCCAACUUUGACAAGAUGAUCGAGGCGAUCAGAGGUAGCAAAGAGGGCAAGACGGUGGGUGUGUUCAGCAAAGACAAAUUCCCAGGAGAGUACAUGAAGAGCUGGAAUGACACGCUCUCUGCUGAGGGACUGGAGAAGGUGGACAUCAGUGCUGUGGUCGCCUACACGAUGGCGGUGAAGGAAGACGGAGAGCUGGCCCUGAUGAAGAAAGCGGCAGCCAUUACCAGCGAGGUUUACUCAAAGUUUUUCAAGGAGCGCGUGAUGGAGAUUGUUGAUGCUGAUGAGAAAGUGCGUCACAGCAAGCUGGCGGAGUCGGUGGAGAAGGCCAUCGAGGAAAAGAAGUACCUGGGUGGUGCGGAUCCGUCCACCGUGGAAAUGUGUUAUCCUCCCAUCAUCCAGAGCGGUGGGAACUACAGUCUCAAGUUCAGCGUGGUCAGCGAUAAGAACCACAUGCACUUUGGUGCCAUCACGUGUGCCAUGGGGAUCCGCUACAAGUCGUACUGCUCCAACCUGGUGCGCACACUCAUGGUGGACCCCUCUCAGGAGAUGCAGGACAACUACAACUUCCUGCUGCAGGUGGAAGAGGAGCUGCUCAAGGAGCUCAAGCACGGAGUCAAAAUCUGUGACGCAUACAAUGCAGUCUUGGAGUACGUGAAGAAAGAGAAGCCGGAGCUCGCGCAGAAGCUGACCAAAAACCUCGGUUUUGCGAUGGGGAUCGAGUUCAGAGAAGGGUCGCUGGUUUUGAACGCCAAAAAUCAGUACAGACUAAAAAGAGGGAUAGUGCUCAGCGUCAGCUUGGGUUUUUCUGACUUGGUGAAUAAAGAUGCGAAGAAAGAAGAGCAGAAGAAGUACGCCUUGUUUCUUGGUGACACUAUACAGAUCAAUGAGGAGGAGGCCGCCACAGUCCUCACACCGGUGAAGAAAAAGAUCAAAAACGUGGGAAUCUUCCUAAAGAAUGAUGACGAAGAGGAUGAGGAGGAAGAGGUCGACGACGCAGAGGAGCUGCUGGGGAAAGGCGCGCGCAGCGCCGCUCUGCUCGCAGACAGAACCAGGAACGAGAUGACGGCGGAGGAGAAGAGGCGGGCUCACCAGAAGGAGUUGGCCAAUCACUUGAAUGAAGAAGCGAAGCGCCGUCUGACGGAGCAGAAAGGAGAGCAGCAGAUCCAGAAGGCCAGGAAAUCUAACGUCUCCUAUAAGAACGUGUCUCAGAUGCCCAGAGAAAAGGACAUCCGGGACAUGAAGAUCUUCAUCGACAAGAAGUAUGAGACUGUCGUCAUGCCUGUCUUUGGCAUCGCCACACCAUUUCACAUCGCCACCAUCAAGAACAUCAGUAUGUCUGUAGAAGGAGACUACACCUACCUGAGGAUCAACUUCUACGUCCCUGGCAGCUCACUGGGCCGACAGGAGGGAAACAUCUUCCCCAACCCUGAAGCCACAUUCGUCAAAGAAAUCACGUACCGGGCGUCCAACCUGAAGGCUCCCGGCGACACAUCGGUGCCCUCCACCAACCUGCAGAACGCCUUCCGCAUCAUCAAGGAGGUGCAGAAGCGCUACAAAACACGAGAGGCCGAAGAGAAGGAGAAGGAGGGCAUCGUCAAGCAAGACUCGCUGGUCAUCAACCUCAACCGCAGCAACCCCAAACUCAAAGACCUCUACAUCAGACCCAACAUCGCACAGAAGAGGAUGCAGGGCUCGCUGGAGGCUCAUACUAAUGGUUUCCGUUUCACGUCGGUCCGAGGUGACAAAGUGGACAUUCUUUACAACAACAUCAAACACGCCAUCUUCCAGCCGUGUGACGGUGAGAUGAUCAUCGUACUGCACUUCCACCUCAAGAACGCCAUCAUGUUUGGUAAGAGACGCCACACGGACGUCCAGUUCUACACAGAGGUGGGCGAGAUCACCACAGACUUGGGCAAACACCAACACAUGCACGACCGAGACGACCUGUACGCCGAGCAGAUGGAGCGGGAGAUGAGGCACAAGCUCAAGUCGGCCUUCAAGAACUUCAUCGAGAAGGUGGAGACGUUGACUAAAGAGGAGUUGGAGUUCGAGGUGCCCUUCAGAGACCUGGGGUUCCAGGGCGCCCCCUACAGGAGUACCUGCCUGCUACAACCCACGUCCAGUUCUCUUGUCAAUGUUACUGAAUGGCCGCCGUUUGUAGUUACUCUAGACGAGGUGGAGCUGGUUCACUUUGAGCGCGUGCAGUUCCACCUGAAGAACUUUGACGUGGUCAUCGUUUACAAGGACUACAACAAGAAGGUCACCAUGAUCAACGCUGUGCCUGUGAACUCUCUUGACCCUAUCAAAGAGUGGCUCAACUCUUGUGACAUCAAGUACACAGAGGGCGUCCAGUCUCUGAACUGGACCAAGAUCAUGAAGACCAUCGUUGACGACCCAGAGGGGUUCUUCGAGCAGGGGGGCUGGUCUUUCUUGGAUCCAGAGAGCGAGGGAAGCGGCGGCGAGGAAGAUUCAGAGUCAGAAAUGGAGGAUGAGACGUUCAACCCAUCUGCAGAUGAAGAAGAAGAGGAAGAGGAAGACAGUGAUGAGGAUUACAGCUCAGAGACGGAGGACUCUGAUUACAGCGCGUCACUGGGCAGUGAGGAGGAGAGCGGGAAAGACUGGGAUGAACUGGAGGAAGAAGCCAGGAAAGCUGACAGAGAGAGCCAUUAUGAGGACGAGGACACCUCCAACAGGAAGAGGAAGGUGCGGCCAUCAGCCCCGCCGAGCAAGAAGAAGCGACGGCACUAAACGUCCCAAACAUCCAUUCAUACUGCCAAACCUGACCCUCCCUCCCACCACGGCCGGCUCCCCACACUUCACACAGACACACACCUGCGCUCAGACACACACAGUGUACAUAGACGUAGACACCGCCCCCUUUGUUUAUUUUUUAGUUGUUGUCGGUGAAGUGUCAUGUUGCAGAACCAGCAGGACAGCCACACUUCAUUCAUUACCUUCGUUUUCCCACCUUCGUUCAUCCAUCCAUCAGGGUUUAUUGUCUGUGUGUGUGUGUGUGUCUGCGAGUGCGUGCGAGUGUGGUUAAAUGGGUUUUUAUUGCAAGCAUUGUUUAUUUUCUGUUAAAGAAAGCUGAGUUUCUUAACUAAUGGAUAAUAAAUAAAAAGACUUGA